AUGGGCUGGGCCUAUAAUACUCCUGAGAGCGCGGUUAAUAGUGGUUCGCACAUUACCAUUGUGGCUAUUGUAUUCACAGUGGCAUCGCUGUUGGUCUUGUCACUUCGGUUCUACGUCCGAGGGUGGAUGAUCAAGACGAUCGGAGCGGAUGACUAUGUUUUGGCCUUUAGCUGGGUAGCGUGUUGCGGUUUCGCUGUUGUCACCAUCCUGCAGACAAAAUGGGGACUUGGACUGAAAAAUGUCAGCGACAUGCCGAAUGAAAAUAUCUUCAAUUUCGGACUGCUGCAAUACAUCGGCGCGCCAUUCUACAUAACAAGCAUAAUGUCCUUCAAAAUCAGUCUAAUGUUAACCUACCUCCGCUUCAUGCCCAAGGGCGCCGCACGCACUGCAACAAUCGUAGUCAUAGUGCUCUGCAUUCUCUUCCACCUUGCCUUCCUCAUCAUCCAACUCAACCUAUGCCACCCAAUCGCCAUGCAAUGGGACCGCACCAUAACCGGCACCUGUCUCCCCGCCGUCCCCAUCUACACUACCACUUCCUCCCUAACCAUAACCUUUGACGUCACAGUCAUGUUCCUCCCCUUCCCCGUCCUCCUCGCCUCCCGCAUCCAAAACCGCAAAAAAAUCGUCCUCCUCGGCCUCCUCGCCCUCGGCACCUUCAUCACCAUCAUCCAAGUAAUCCGCAUCCAAACCAUCCGCUCUCUGUCAAACUACCUCGACUCCUCGGGCGUCAUAAUGUGGUCGAGCAUCGAAAACAACCUCGGCGUCAUCGUGGCAUCGAUCCCGACGCUCGCGCCGCUGUUUACGUUUUUCGUGGAUAAGACGGUGAAGAGCUCGGAGAGGAGCUCGCGCGGGAAGGCGCUCGCUAGCAAGAACUUCUAA